CCACACUGGUUGGCAAUAUUUUGACCAAGCGAAUCGCAAAGAUGCGGAUUUUCUACGGGAUUUUGGCGUUCCUGGUGGCCACCAACCCCUCCGCCCGGGCGAUCCAGGCGCGCAGCGACAAGGAGCAGCCGCAGACGGUGGUUUCCGGCACGGCGGUGCAGUCGGUGGUUCCGGUGCAGGCACAACUUAGCUCCGGAAUGGGACCCUCAUCCUCUGCGUCAUCCUCCUCCGGCGCCGGAGCUGCAAACUCUGCCUUUUUCCCGCUGGGACCGAACGUGAUGUGCUCAUUCCUGCCUCGUGACUUUCUGGACUGCAAGGAUCCCAUCGAUCACCGGGAAAACGUCACCGCACAGAAUGAAAAGAAGCACGGCUGCCUUAGGUUCGGUGGAUCCACCUACGAGGAUGUGGAGCACACCAGUGUGGUGUGCACCGUGUUCGCGGACAUCGAUUGCUUUGGCGAUCGCACCUUCCUGCGCGACGGAGUGCCCUGUGUCCGCUACACGGAUCAUUACUUCGUAACCACCCUGAUAUACAGCAUGCUCCUUGGCUUCCUCGGAAUGGAUCGCUUCUGUCUCGGACAAACGGGCACCGCCGUUGGCAAACUGCUCACCAUGGGCGGCGUGGGUGUCUGGUGGAUCAUCGACGUCAUCCUGCUGAUCACCAACAAUCUGCUCCCCGAGGACGGCAGCAAUUGGAACCCCUAUGUCUAGACGUGUGAUAUCCUUGUGUCCUAGCAAUAAGUAGUUCAGUAAGCUCGUUUAGUAAAUAACGCCAAAUUCUGCGUAAUAUAAACUUA